AUCAGACGUGUGGAGAAUCUUGUGGUAGCCGGACCUGCGUCGAAGUUCGUAGGGUAAUCCAUAGACGUGCAUCGCUCGGUCGUUUCUUCAGUUAGUAAAGCGUUCGUUAUUGUCUUAAGCAUGAGCACGGAGAAGCUCACUAUCGAUAGCGAUGGUUAUCAGAACCAUCGUCGCGGGCACGAGCACGGCCCGGCCGCCCUGACCUCGCUGGUCCAACUUCUGACGGCGGGUUUGUCUGUGGUCAUUAUCGUCCUUGCCAUCCAACAGGGGACACACGUGAUAAUAGAGGAGAUGUCAGCUCGGAAGAGCGCAGCUUCUGAUUACCAAAAGAUGGUCGCCGACUGUGAGAAGGAAGUGGCAGCCAUUAAGGUCGACGUGACGUUACACAGCGCUCAGCUCAAAGCCCUGGAGGCAAAAAUCCUACACAAUGGAAAGACAGAAGGCAACAUAAACCCACAGUCGGAACCAGGCAAAACCAGCAGUGCCUCUGUUGUCGACGUCCCCUGGCAAACUGGGCCCGCUCACCAGCGGGAAAAGAGAGCGGCGAACUCUGUGACGUGGCCGGCAGGGGCAGGCGCCUGUGUACAGGGUCCGCCAGGGAGGGACGGACGUGACGGGAUGCCAGGACGGGACUGUCCCUGUGGAGCGAAAAAUGAAGAAAUAAAUGAACUGCGAAGCAAGUGUCUCGCCCUCGAGCAGAGGGUGUCGGACCUGGAGAAUAACACCGACACCACGACCCUGCCUUGCUUAGGAGAUACAUGCAAUCUACCGUCCAGCUGCACUGAAGUAGUAGAGAGAAGUGGAUUCAAUAAUCAUUCAUUCUACGUCAUCGACCCUGAUGGACCAGACCGGGGGGUCCUACCGAUGGUUGUUCAGUGUGAUGUUCAGGGAGGAUCAGCAAUUACCCUGAUUGGUCACAACAGUGAGGCAAGGACCCUUGUGAAAGGGUACGAAGAUCCAGGCAGGUACUCCAAGGAUGUGACAUACUGGAAUACCAUGGACCAAGUGAGAGCUGUGGUGGACAAUUCAACUCUCUGCAAACAGCACAUCAAGUAUGAAUGUCAUCACUCAGUGAUCUGGAACUCAUCUGCCACACCCUACGCCUGGUGGGUGACUUGGAAUGGCCGCCAGGCUGACUACUGGGGAGGGGCCAGUCCUGGGAGUGGGAAAUGUGCUUGUGGACAAGCAGUUGCACGGGCGUAA